AUGUCAAAUUUGUCGAAACUUGAGUUUGUGGCACUUGACAUCUCUGAAAAAAAUUACUUGUCAUGGAUUCUCGACUUCGAGAUUCACCUAGCUGCUAAGGGUCUUAAUGCUACUAUUAGCCUGGAUAAUGCAGCGUCGAAUCAGGCCAAGGCCAAGGCUAUGAUUUUCCUUCGUCAUCAUCUGGAUGAAGGACUGGGGGUUGAAUACCUUACGAUGAAAGAUCCACUUGAAUUGAUUGUUUCCCAAUUGAAAUUAUGUGGGAAAACUAUAAAUGAUGAUGACAUGAUGGAAAAAAUACUAAUUACUUUUUAUGCCUCAAAUGUGAUAUUGCAGCAGCAAUACCUGGUUGAGCAACACAAUGCCCUUUUGAUGAAAAAUCACGAAGCUCGUUCCACUGGAACUGCUUCAUUACCGGAAGCAAAUGAGGUACAAGCACAUGACCAGCCUGAAGAUGAAAAGAUCAGAGACAUAAUAAUAUGUGUGGACGUGGAAUGA